AUGUUUAAACAUAUUCAUAAACUGUACUCGAACCCUGGAACCCGACCGACUCCUUUGGAACCUUAUACCACACAUGAAGCACUGGAGUUUUCAGUUAAUAUAGUAUGGAUGACGUUAACUACUAUUUUAAUUACUCUAACAGUGUCGGCUGUUCAUCAGCCAGAUUUCUGUGUGACACUCUUAGAGAGCUCACUAGCUUCAACACUAACUUUAUUAUUUUGUGCACUUUCUCUUUCGUCAUUUGUAACUUUUGAGAAGUUACAAAAGUUGUUUCCGAUCAACUAUAUUCUACUGGCUAUAAUCGUUAUCUCAGGUUCAGUGUUGCUUUCAUAUUCUUGUGUGUAUAUACAUUUUCUGGGAUGUUUGGGUUCAUGGACUUUGAUUAUCUUGAUAUCUACAGUAGAAAUCAUGUUAGCAAUCAGAACUCCCAUUUGGACUUCAGAAAAACUAUCAGAUUUAUUGGUGACAUCAGGUGCAUUCAUUGCCAUUGGAUUUGUGUAUCUUUUCAUUGCAUUUCUCUUUGGUAUAAGUAUUUUUACCAUCAUUGCUUUCGCCUUCCCUUUCGUCAUUGGUAUUCUUUUGAUCGUGUAUUAUUUGGUACAAAUUGUGAAGAGCACAGAGCAUACAUUAUUCACCGUUUUACUUGUUUGGAUUCUACAGCUUAUAAUUAGUAUAUGGGUAACACUGCUGCUUUUGAAUGCUGAAGGAUUAAGAUAUCAGCAGAGUGACUCUUCUGAGUUGUAUGAAAAUGAUAGUGAUGUUCAUGGUGACGAACGUGAAGAUGAUCAGGGUUUAUUUAAUAAGGAUGACGAAUAUGUAACUUUACAAGAAAAUGAUACGAAAGGUGGACUUCAUAACCAUCAGGGUCUAGCUAGAUGGGGUGAAGGGAAUCCUUAUCAAGUGGAUUCUGUAACAACUACACAAGGGAGUGAACAGGAUCAAGAGAAACUCACUAGCAUAGGAACUUCUGAUGGCGAAGAAAACGAAGAAGAAAAAGUGAAAGAUAAUGAAACAGAGGUAUAUGAGAGUGAGGAACCGGUUUCAGAGAAAAAUAAAGUCGAAGAAGAUUCAGAAGAACAUCAUCAUGACGGACUGGUCAGUUGGGGAAGUUCUGGUGAAAGUGAAGAAGAUGAAGCCUCUGUGACAGAUCAACUUCUUGAUGACUAUCCACAAAUAAGUGAUGACAAUAGUACACCUGAAUACGAAAGUGAAUUACAGUCUGUAAACGUCACACUCAAUAAAGAGUCAACUGAAUCAACGUCAAGUAUGACAACUGUGUCAACAUCAAAUCAAACUGACAGCCAUCAUCAUCAUCACCAUCAUCAUCAUGAUCAUAAUCAGCAUGAAAACAUUGACGACGAGGAUAACAGUGAUACUUCAUCUGACAAACACCAUAUUGACCAUUUAGUUGACCCAUUAUUAUCAGAUCUCUAUUUAGGAAACAAUCAUUCAGCAGUCCCAACGCAGAUAGACAAUGAAACUGAUGUGUCGAAAAUUGAAUCAGCCUGUAGAAAAUGUAUUAAAUGGCAGCAAUUGCAUUCAACUCUGCCAUGUAUAUUAUAUCCAUUAAAUUUCAAUACACCAGAUCAAGUCAACCAAACAAAACUGGUUUAUAUACAUGUUAUGAGAAAAGUAGUUGCUCAAAUAAACAACAGUCUGAAUGAACUGUUGCUAGACCUGGAGCUGUGA